AUGGAUACUCAAGUUCUCGAUGGCAUAAUCAGCCGGUUGGUGGGCACCGAGGGCAAUAGGCCCACGAAACAAGUGCAGCUUUUGGAUGCGGAGAUUCAGAAGCUGUGUCUCGUGUCCAAGAGUAUUUUUCUACAGCAGCCUAAUCUUUUGGAGAUCGAAGCCCCCGUGAAAAUAUGCGGUAAAGCUUACUAUUUCCUGGUGUAUAUGUUUGGACCCACUGCCCUAGUGUUCUGGGUGUUUAUGAGCCGGAGGAAAAAUGGCGGAGAAAUGUGCGGGAGCCUCUCGGUGUCGAAUUUUCCGAAUUCAUUUUGGCUGUCGCUUUAUCUUAACCUUUCCUUUCCUGCUAUCAGACGGCCCACUGCUUCUCUGCCCCGAUGCCCCAAGAUUUUUGUUAUGAUUAGAAAUCCAUGUUUUCCAGGUUAUGUCUCUUGUCGUGUGCCAGUUUCUUAUUGUGUUCACGUUUGACAGUUUUGUUGGAUUGAUAGCAUGUUUUUUGGAAGUCACUCUGCAGCGAAUUGAUCUUACUUGGACAAUAUUGAGGUUGUGGAUAUUAAAUUAUAGAUGUUGAGUUUCCUCUGCAAAAGCAAUAUUUAUGUGCACACUUCUGGAAGUGGAGUGCUUUUGGAUAAAUUCUCUAGUAUAAGGCAAGUAGGUCACAAACUAGGUGCCCGCUAUCAGUGGAAAAAAGCCUAAACUUUGACAAUCCACUUUAAAAUUUAACCAGUUUAUGGAAGAAGCUACCUAUUAAAGGUCACUGCAUCAGUCUUCGACCCUCCACAGAUGCACUACCAUUCCUUAUCUUCCUGUCACUUAGUUUACGUUUGCUGUGAUGUUUUGAUGGGGAUUGGCUCUUUUUCUUCCUCUUUCUUUUCGGUUAAGGCAUCUGUUUACACUUUGACUUUAAAUGGAAAAAUGGCAACAGGCUCGGUUACUUAUGUUUAAAGAAGCAUCCUUUCUCUCUCUCUCUCUCUCUCUCUCUCUCUCUCUCUCUCUCUCUCUCGCUCUCGCUCUCGCUCACUCACUCUCACUCUCUCCUUUUACCAUUUUCAUACUCACUUGCUUUAUUUUUUUCUCCUCUCGUAACUGUCUUUAUUUUUCGAAGAAAACCAUUUAUCCUGAUAUCAAACUUUUCUCUUGUCCCCUUUGCUUAUACCUCCCUUGGUUAGGGGAAUUCUUUAUUUAUCAUGUUUCCGUUUAUCUGCCUAAAUAUGAAACUAUCCCUACUGGGAAGUUAGCUGAGAAUUACACUUGGGUUAGUAAACUUGUUAGGAACUUUGCCAAAUCCUUGGAUCCUUCAUCUGUUGACUUAUCCUACGUGAUCAAUGUCUAUGCCCUCGUGGAAAGGUAUUGUGCAAUGGUUCAUUUGCGAAUUAUAGAUUUACUGGACUAUUCUUCUCCAUGUAUCCAAGAAUAUGCCUAGCGGCUGUGUGCAUGUUUAUUUUCUCUAUUAUAGUACCAUAUUUUUUUGAGGUUGAUCUUGCUCCAUGAUUUUAGUGCCCCUCCGUUUUGUCCAACCCCUGCAAUGCAUUCGUUGUUGCCGAAUAAAGUCACCAAUUUUUAGUUGCCCGUAAGGAUGGUUCCUUCUGCUCCAGCUGCUCCUGAAGAGCUACUUUUUAUUAUUCUAAUGUAAACCAAAGAACUCUGCAACGGUGGUGUUGUGCCAAUUAAUGUGCUUUUUGACUGCCACUCCUUUCAAUUUGUCAGGACCUUGAGAUUCUAUCAUAACUAAAUUUUUUCUUAUUCCUAUUUUAUUUUUCUUUUUUUUUGUUUUUGUUUGAUCAUAAUAGAAAACCUUAACUGUUUAUACGCAUCUGGUUUGCUUAUGGCGUUUCUAUUCUACAUCUUGUUAAGACUACGUGGCCUAGGCAUGUAAGCUGCAGAUAAAGAAAUACGCACAAGAGGAUGCCCGAUUUUAUGAACUCCCUAAGCUAGCUGCCAAUAGAGAUGCCAUUGCCUUCUUGGGGCUUAUUGCUACCAUGAAAAAUCUAAACCUUAUGAAAUGGCUGUUUUGAGGCGUAAAUCAAUUUAUCGUGUAAUUGUGAUAUCAUGCAACCAUUGAAAUACACAAGGACUCUUCAUUUGGGUCGAAUUCUGGUAACUCCACCUCUAUACCAUGUUUCGUCCAGGGUAAAAAAGGUAAAAAAAGAAAAGUGUACGUGGGAACUGCUGCAUCUUUUUGUCAUGGUGGCAAUUUCUGUGGUUGCAGCUAUGAUUGUUUGACACCUUUGGUUGUUCAUCUACUGUAGUCCUUUUUCCCUUUUCUUAUAUUUUGAAACAUAGUGAAUAUCGUUAAUGGCACUGACCAGAACUGGCCAUUGAUAUAACUGUGCAAUUUCUGUUCUAUACAAAGGUGGGAAAAGAGCUACCUGCUCAAGUUUGAUUUGAUGAAUAUAAUUUAAAUUCCCUCGUUUCAGAUGUGCUGAACAAAAAAUACUUGAUGCACGAGAGAAGGGAUCAUAUGGUGUUUCGUCAUUUGGGUUAUUUACAACCUUAAUGCACAAAAUUUCGAAAGGAGAUCUCAUCUGGACAUGUGAGAGAAAGAUAUUUCAUGAUGCUUAUUGUUGGUCAAGAAAAGCAUCCAAGAGGGAUGUUGGUCUCCUUCUUGAAAACUAGUUACAAACCAACAAUCAUCGAAGAAGGCAAAACAUUUAUGGUGUUUUGGGUUGAAAAUGGUCUACCAUGGAACUUUUGAACUCUGAUAAGUCUGACUUUGGCAAAGAGGUCCCAAAGCCCAUGUCUUAAACCGUCUUGGCGUUUUGAUAAAAGUAUCCAUAACUAUAUCUCUGACAAAUACGGGACUCUAACUUAAAAAAAUUCUACUCGGCUCUCAAAUGAGCCAAUCCGGUCUUUUUUUGGGGGUUUAUUGAAAAAAGUUAUGCACGGAGGAGAUAUAAUUUAAAAUACAGAAAUCAAGGAUCAGAUCUGAUUUAGCACAUCACAUUAGACCUCUGUCCUGCCAGCUCCCAGUACCACUCAAAAUAGGUACAUGCUUUGGAGAUGGUAAAGUCAUAGAAAGUUAUACAUGUGGCGGACUUUUGUUUAGGGAACAUGUAUGAGAUGUCUAGAUGGCAUGGAUACAUGUUUACAGAGUUGAUUUAAAACUUGGAAAAUGCCACCUCAUCGUAUGCUCAGCAACAUGGGACUCAAGGUGAGUUGAAAUAGCUUCAUUAUUUUUAGUUAAUUGUCGAACAUUUCUGGAGCUUUGGUUGGUCAUUUUCUUCUCAUGAUCCUUCAACUAGUUUCGCUUUAUUUUGGAAAAUUGAUUCAUGAAUUUUAUCGUAUGUGUGAACGCUUUGCUUAACCCUUUUUGUUCAGGCCCUCAGCAUGAGCUGUUCAUUUGUUGCAUCUCAUUCUUGCCCCGAACCUUCCAAUUACGAAAGUGUGGGGACAAUGUUUUUAAUUGGUGAUUUCAAUCUUCUGCAGGAGAUAUUCAUGGACAGUAUUCUGAUCUUUUAAGACUUUUUGAGUAUGGCGGAUUUCCUCCAGAAGCUAAUUAUCUAUUUUUAGGAGAUUAUGUUGAUCGAGGAAAACAAAGUCUGGAGACAAUAUGUCUUCUUCUGGCUUACAAGAUUAAGUAUCCCGAUAAGUUCUUCCUUUUGCGGGGUAAUCAUGAAUGUGCAUCCAUAAAUCGUAUAUAUGGAUUCUAUGACGAGUGUAAAAGGAGAUUCAAUGUGAAGCUAUGGAAAGUGUUCACAGACUGCUUUAACUGCCUACCUGUGGCAGCUCUUGUCGAUGAAAAAAUACUUUGUAUGCAUGGUGGCCUUUCUCCAGAACUGAGGAAUUUGGAUCAAAUACGAAAUUUGGCACGCCCCACUGAUGUUCCGGAUGCCGGAUUGCUCUGUGAUCUUCUUUGGUCAGAUCCCAGUAAAGAGGUCAAAGGAUGGGGCAUGAAUGAUCGUGGUGUCUCAUACACAUUCGGUGCUGACCAGUUGUCAGACUUUCUUGAGAAAAACGACCUUGACCUUAUCUGUCGUGCACAUCAGGUUUGGAAAUCUCCGUGCAAUUCUUUGAUGUCAAACCUAAAUGCCCACAUGAUGUUAAUCCGCUGUUUCUUUUGCCAGGUUGUGGAGGAUGGGUAUGAAUUUUUUGGGGAUAGGCAACUCGUUACGAUAUUUUCAGCACCUAAUUACUGUGGCGAGUUCGACAAUGCUGGUGCAAUGAUGAGUGUAGAUGAGACUUUGAUGUGCUCAUUCCAAAUAUUAAAGCCUGCCGAAAAGAAAUCAAAGUUCUUUGGAAGCGCACCAAUGUCUAAGGUAUGA